UCUCCGUCACGCCUUGUUCUUCCCUUCGGCUGCGCAGUCGGCUGAAAUCCGACCGGACGAUGACGGAGGUGAAGUGUGUCGUGUUUUGGGGCGUCGUGACGUUUUUCUGGACCCUCUGUAGAGGAGACAGAGACGUCUCCUGUGUUUUCAGUGAGGUCUGCCUCCUGCCAUGCAGCUUCCAGCCGGCUGAUGGACCGGCGGUCCGCUGGACUCGGCUGGCAGCAGGAGGAUCUGUGGUCCAUUCUUACUAUGACGGCAGAGACCAAGUCCAACACCAGAACCAGAACUUCAGGGGCCGGACGUCCCUGUUUGUGGACCAGAUCUCCUCAGGAAACGCCUCUCUGCUGCUGACCGGAGUGAAGGUCCAGGAUCAGGGCCGAUAUGUGUGCAACUGCAGCAGCUCAGCAGGAACCAGGCUGGCCUUCAUCAGAGUCUCAGUGGACGCUCCGGUGAAGACGGUCAGCCUGCAAAGAGCAGAGAACCGGAUCAUCUGCAGCUCGGAUGGGAUCUACCCGGAACCGAACCUCACCUGGUCCACCGAGCCGCAGUCCAAGUUCGUCCUCCACAGCUCCACUCUGGUGCAACUGACCGAGCAGCGGCUGUUCAACAUCAGCAGCUCCCUGACGGUUCCAGACAACGACACGGACCUGACCUACGUCUGCACCGUCACAACCCGGAAGAACCACAAGACCGAGAGGCUGGUCAACCCGGAAACAACAGGUCGGGCUCAGGGUUUGGGGAUCGUCGCUGGAGUCAUCUUGGUGUCGAUGUCAACGAUGGCGGUUCCGUUCUGUGUUGAAAAAUGUAUCAAGUCCAGGAAGUCCAAACGGUUCCUGCAGCAGAACAUUUUAUUAGAAGGACCACCAGAGAACGGGUCAGUCAGCAGUCGGGGGAGCCUGAUGGAGACUCCAGACUCAGAGGAAUCUCAGAUUCUCCACCCAUAGGAAAACCAAACCGGUUAAACUGGGUGGAGCUGAAAACGAGCUGACCUCACUGGGAACGAUGGACCUGAUGGCCUGAGAGCCCAGAAGAACAUGAAGGAUCAACACACCGACCAGAACCAGAACCAGAACCAAACUGGUCCAUCUGGAGGGAAACUUUCUGAGCUGCUGCUGUCAGACACACAGUCCCUCAGAUCUAUGUGACGUUUUCUACUCCAACCUGUAGAAAAUGUUUUACUGAUGUGAAAAUUAGGCUCUUUAUAUUUUUGCACUUAUUUAUUUGUAGCUGAUUU